AUGGCUCAAACAGGUAUACCUUCUCAAGUCCCGCAGCUCGCCGUGGAUGCACAUGUUAAAUAUGUGCAAAGUUUGGAUACGAAGAAGGAUGAACUGGAGUAUUGGCUGACGGAGCAUUUGCGGCUUAAUGGUGUCUACUGGGGACUUACAGCUAUUCAUCUACUUCGACAACCAAACGCUCUCCCGCCUCAGGAAACCAUUGAUUUUGUUCUCUCUUGUCAACACGAGAAUGGAGGGUUUGGCGCUGCUCCGGGGCAUGACGCUCACAUGCUGUCCACAGUUAGUGCUGUGCAGAUCUUGGCCAUGGUUGAUGGCUUGGAUGAACUUGAUACCCGGGGACCUGGCAAAGACAAAGUUGCAAAGUAUAUUGCGGACUUGCAAGAUCCAAAAACCGGCAGCUUCUAUGGAGAUGAGUGGGGUGAAGACGACACCAGAUUUCUCUAUGCUGCGCUGAAUGCACUGUCGCUUCUCGGUGCUCUGUCCUUAGUCAACUUAGACAAGGCGGUGUCACACAUUCAAAGCUGUGCAAAUUUUGAUGGCGGUUAUGGUGUAAAGCCUGGUGCGGAGUCGCAUUCUGGCCAGAUCUUUACCUGCUUGGCAGCCCUUAGUAUCGCGGACAGGCUAGACGUGGUGAACCAAGAAAAGCUCGGAUGCUGGCUCAGCGAAAGACAAACUCCUGGAGGAGGCCUGAAUGGAAGACCUGAAAAGAAGGAAGAUGUCUGUUACAGCUGGUGGGUUCUGGCCAGUCUGGCUAUUCUCAAGCGGACACAUUAUAUCGACCAUGACGCUCUCAUUGCCUUCAUCCUGAGCAGCCAGGAUACUGAGAAUGGUGGUAUUUCAGAUCGCCCUGAAGAUGAGGAUAUGGCGUCAUCUCUCGAGUCCACGAGAGAUUGCACACCCGUUUCGACGAAUAAGAAUAUCCCUCUCCAUUGCACAGUCUGCCCAGAGACACCCCGUUUCUCAGAUGUAUCACAUUUACUCACACACAUUGCUUCGAAAGGGCAUUUGCACCACGAGACGCAAACCAAACUCAAGGCACAUCAAGAUAUAGCGGCAUCUGUGACCUUGCAGCAGUACGAGAGUUGGUACAAGGAUAAUGGUAUCGAGGAGCUUCUUGUUGAGAGAAUGAAGGCAAAACAGAAGAAAGAGGCGGCUAGGAACAGCCGAACAAGAAACUCAACUCCGUCAGUUGUUUCGAAGACAAGGCGAAAGUCCAAGCGUCCCUCGCAAAAGACGAUAGUGAAAUCCGAACAAGACGAAUUGACCGAGGACUUUCCUUUGUUUUCGGGGUUCUUCCCGUCUGAAAAUGACGUAGAAUUGGACGAGGAGCUUGCUAGUGGUGACAUGCUGUCGCUCAAAGGCCAAGUCUGGCCGGGUAUGGGGAAAAUGGACCUUGCCAACGAAGACAUGAAGCGAACCCGAAAUCAACGCAAACCAAAUUCUGUUAUCGAGAAAAUGAAACACACCUCCGAGGGCAUUGAGCCUACUCAGGUCGUCAUGACACCGGAUUUAGAAGUGGAACGGGUCAAGGGCGUUUAUGACAGCUCCUCUCCAAUUCCUGGUCAGGAGGAAGAGACCCCAAAGAAGACGACACGACCUAAGCGCAAGCGUUCACAAGCACUCACCGAAAUAUCGGCGAACAUACCUCGCCGUGCAGGGAGGCGAUCUGGUCGUCGGAAUGGACAAUCCAAAGACAAGGUGACACCGGAUCCAAGAAAAGACGAUGGUCUUGCGCCCGUGACUGCGAACAUGCAAUCACUUAGGCAUGGAAAUGAUGUCUUCCGUGAUGACGACGACGCACUCUCUGGAAUCUAUGGCGACCGCGUCUUCACAACACCUUCACGUCAUGAUCAACGUCCGGACGUACGAAAUCGAUUUGGUCUGUAUCCAUUUGCACGCAUAUCUCAGUCACCACUUAUCUCUCCAACACCUUCAUCGAGAGACGUAUCGUCUCGCCUAUUUAGCGGGCGAAAUACUCAACGGCCGAGAGUGCAAGGAAGUGUCUUUGAUAACUAUGGUGUCCAUGCAAACUUUGGUGCGAAUGGGCAGUCUGAGGCUGCUUCAUAUACCAUCAACGACCCGUCGAUGUACAACUAUUCUUCUAGGCUGCCAUUUGUGCCUUGCAACAAUAAUAACACUUCUGGAAAUUACAUGUUUCGUUACAAUUCUAGCAGUCAUUUGCAACCAAAAUCGGAACGGCAUCAAAGCCCUGCGCAGGCCGAGCUUGUUACCGGGUCAGGAAACCCGCAAUACCUCCAUCUCUCGGAAUCCAACCCGCUUUUCACGGAGGACCGGUCUAUCUUUGGAUCAUAUCACGCGAUAGGCCCAUCUCAGUCACUUUCUUCCUUUAGUAUGCAACGUAUGGGCCAAUGUGACCAUCAUGGCCAAGACGAUAACGCCGCGGUGGGCGGCGCUAUAAAGAUGGAGAGCCAUUUCAACGAUAUGAUGACAAACGUGGCCACUGGAGAGUGCAAACAAACAGCAUUCACCGAGACCGAUGUAUGGACGAGCAGCGAGACGUUGGACCUGUGA